AUGUACGAAGGGAUUGACAGCUUGAAAUCCCUUUACGACCGUGCCGGGAAGAAUUUUUCUGGCGGUCUUUCUGCGGCACAGGAUGUGCCGCGUCGUACUGCUCGACCAGACCCAGUACGUCGAUCAUCAGUUGGGAGCGGGGCUCCCAAGUAUCCCAGGACGGGGGAUAGCCGCGCCACCGGACGAGGUAACUCGUCCGACGUCCGCUCACAUCGCGGUGGUUCAACAGCCGCUCAAUCAGAUAGCGCUGGCCACCGCGAGAGUCCUCUAAAAGAGGUCGAGGAGGAGGGAAGACGCUCUCCAAGCUAUCGAGGGGGAGCGUGUGUCUCCGAGAGCUUCUUUGAUUGCGUUACGCAAGGGUUACGCGGCGAUCUCGAACAUGAUCGGUACAGGCGUCUUCAACUGGCGGACGCUGUCUCGAAGCAUCGAGCUGAGUUUGCCUUUGCUCAGCUCGAGAACGAGAGAGCUCUGACAUCUCUGCGUAACGAGCUAAGGGUAGCUCGUGUGGAUAUUGAUCGGUCUCGGGCUAAGAUAACUGCUCUUCAGACCUUUGUUGAUGGCACCAUCGGGAGCACAAGGCUCUCUGUGAGAUGCUUGAGCGCAAGGGCGUUCGUCAUUGGAAGAAACAGCGUACUGAUGGCGAUUCAAUAA